AUGUUACUGAAAGACAGCUACAGGAGUGUCAUGUUACUGAAAGACAGCUACAGGAGUAUCAUGUUACUGAAAGACAGCUACAGGAGUGUCAUGUUACUGAAAGACAGCUACAGGAGUGUCAUGUUACUGAAAGACAGCUACAGGAGUGUCAUGUUACUGAAAGACAGCUACAGGAGUGUCAUGUUACUGAAAGACAGCUACAGGAGUGUCAUGUUACUGAAAGACAGCUACAGGAGUGUCAUGUUACUGAAAGACAGCUACAGGAGUAUCAUGUUACUGAAAGACAGCUACAGGAGUGUCAUGUUACUGAAAGACAGCUACAGGAGUGUCAUGUUACUGAAAGACAGCUACAGGAGUGUCAUGUUACUGAAAGACAGCUACAGAGGUAUAAUGUUACUGAAAGACAGCUACAGAAGUAUAUUGUUACUGAAAGACAGCUGCAUAAGUAUAAUGUUACUGAAAGACAGCUACAGAAGUAUAAUGUUACUGAAAGACAGCUACAGAAGUAUAAUGUUACUGAAAGACAGCUACAGAAGUAUAAUGUUACUGAAAGACAGCUACAGAAGUAUAAUGUUACUGAAAGACAGCUACAGAAGUAUAAUGUUACUGAAAGACAGCUACAGAAGUAUAAUGUUACUGAAAGACAGCUACAGGAGUUUUGGAAACAGUUUCUGGAAGAUGGAAAACUAA